GGCAAGACGACAACAGCUGAGGCAGAGAAAGGUUUCCGGAGUGUUGAGGAGCUGGGGUAAUCAGCUUCCUGACUUCUCCAGGAGUUUAAGGAAGGGGACAGGUUUCUGAAGAUGGGAACUAUGCAAGAGGCAGGAGGAAAGACAUUGGAUCUUGGGGUCAUGGAGAACGCAGAAGCAGCAGGACUAGCAGCAUCCCUGAGGCCUGAGGAACUGGAGCUGAAGGAGGAGUGGCAGGAUGAAGAAUUCCCUAGUUUGCUUCCUGAGAAGGCUGACUCUUCUGAAGAUCCUGACAAUCCCAAAAGAGAUUUACAGGCAGGUACCCCCAGCACUUUAGCCCUAUGUGGCCACCGCGCCAUGCGUAAGCGUCUUUCUGCCACAGAUUUGCGACUGAAUUUGACAAAGGGGCCUGGAGAUAAUGAAGCUUCUUCCACCCACUCAGCACCUUCCUCUCCUGAUGGUAGCUCUGACCUGGAAGUAGACGAAUUAGAGACACCUUCAAGCUCUGAGCAGCUGGACAGUGGACAUGAAUUUGAAUGGGAAGAUGAGCUGCCCCAGGCAGAGGGUCUAGGAGCCAGUGAGGCAGCUGAAAGGCUGGGCCAGGGUUGUACGUGGGAUGUGGCUGGAGAUAAUGGUCAUCGCUGGAGGGUGUUCCGAACAGGGCAGCGGGAGCUGCGAGUGGACAUGACGGUCAUUGAGCCCUAUAAGAAAGUCCUGUCUCAUGGAGGUUACCAUGGUGAUGGCCUCAAUGCUGUCAUCCUCUUUGCUUCCUGUUAUCUACCCAGAAGCAGCAUCCCCAACUAUACCUAUGUCAUGGAACACUUAUUUAGGUAUAUGGUGGGAACUCUAGAGCUGCUGGUAGCUGAAAAUUAUCUGCUUGUUCAUCUGAGUGGAGCCACAGGCAGAGCCCAAGUUCCACCUCUGAGCUGGAUCCGCCAGUGUUACCGGACUCUGGAUCGGCGGCUAAGGAAGAACCUGCGCGCCCUGGUGGUUGUCCAUGCUACGUGGUACGUGAAGGCAUUCCUGGCGCUGCUUCGACCCUUCAUCAGUUCCAAGUUCUCGAGAAAGGUUCGUUUUCUGAAUAGCCUGGGAGAACUGGCCCAACUCAUCUCCUUGGAUCAGAUCCACAUCCCUGAAGCUGUCAGAGAGCUGGACCAGGAUCUCCAUGGCUCAUCCGACUGGAAUAAAGGGUCUUAGUACCAAGCAAAGAUAUUUAUCUGCCUACACCUUAACCCAUCGCUGGAUCUUCACAGCCCGAUGGGGUGUCAUUCCUCCCUCAACCUUGCCUUCAAAGCGGGGCUUUGAGGUCUGGAACUUGAUCUGCUGGGAGACUUUCAUUUCAGCAUGUAGUGGCAUUUUGUAUGGGAAAGUGCAAAGCUGUGGGUCUUAAUCUUGCUUGAGCUGUAGGACCUUGGGCAGAUAACUUCAUCUCAGUGAGUCAUUUUCACCCUUUUAAAGGAAGGGGCUGAGAUCCUUUCCACUUGGGGUAUCCUAGCAGUCUGUGAAGGCGAGGGGCUAUGGGAAGGGCACAGCUUAACACUGCCAGCCUGCUGGGAGCAGACAGGAGUCCGCUCAGGAAUCUUGGAGGACCCCUGUAAACCCCUCUUCCUCAGUCAUCCCCAUGUCAUCAGUCAUGUCUGCUGCCUGUGAGCCUGGGAAGAAGUGUUUUCAGAACCUUUCUUAGCCAUGGCCGGGACUCAGUUGGUUAGAGCCAUGGUUGCAGGUUCCAUCCCCUGUCAGGGCACAUGCAAGAAGCAACCAAUGAACACAUAAGUGGAACAUAAAUAAGUGGAACAACGAAUUGAUGUUUCUCUCUCUCUCUCUCUCUCUCUCUCUCUCUCUCUCUCUCUCUCUCUCUCUCUCUCUCUCACACACACACACACACACACACCCCUUUCUUUAGUCAAUUCAGAUGUGUAGUGGUUAAUAAAUUGCGAAGAGAGAUUGAA